UCCUUGACUUCACUGGUCCCUGUCCUGAGAGUAAAGUUAAAGUUGGUUAAAGAGUUAAAGAAUAAAGACUGUCAUGUAUGGAAAAAGAAAAAAGAGUCAGUUCCUCAGAGCUCUAAUUUGAAGCUUUGAGACUAAGUAAUGGUCCUCUCAAUCCGGUGUUAGAUUUCCAAGUAUCUUUGCAUUUUGAUUGAGAAACUUGUUUUUGGUUAUGGAUUAUGACCCGGAUGAUGCUGGUUCACUCAAAUCGGAUGGAACUAAUUAUCUACUAUGGUCAUAUAUGAUGCGUUUCGAGAUUGAAGGAGAACUGUGGGACUAUGUAAGUGGAUUAGCGACUCGUCCUGACCCCAAAAAUAAAAAUUACUUAAACUUGAUUAAGCAAUGGGAAUCUAUGAAUGCAACAGCACGGUCAAUUAUCGACUUGUAUGUUGAUCGUUCCCUUAAGAAACUUUUGGCUAAUAUAAACUCUGCCAAGGAUGCAUGGGACUACUUGGCAUGGUUGUAUGCCCAUCAUGAUGAAUCGAAUUUGGCUAAAACGUAUCGGUUGGAGAGGGAAAUUGAGGCUGUGAAACAAAGUGGUUUUUCCCUUGCUGGAUUAUAUUGUUUUUUGCAAUGUUAUUGGCAGCAAUUAGAUGAGAUGGAGCCAAAGGAAUUGAGUGAUUUAGAGAGUUACAAGAAAUACCGUGAAGAGUCUCGGCUGGUUCAGCUUCUCAUGGCUUUACCAGAUGAAUUUGAUCAGUAUAUUAGAAAGUCUAUGCUGGAACGUUCCCCUCUACCAACUGUUCCUGAAGCUGUGCGAGAGUUGCUAUUUGUGGAGCAUAGACUAACAUAUGAUAAAUUUUCAUCUCUAUCAUUCCAUGACAAAGAUUUUCCUGCCAAGAAGAUGAACAAUGAUCAGACAAAGAGAAGCAAUAGAAGUCAAAAGGAUUCUCCCCAAUUUGGUGGAUGUCAGCCAUCUAUCCAGGAUCCUAUCCAGCAGUUAGACAAAGACUAUCGGCCAUCUUUCUCUUUGUUGAGGCUUGCAUCAUCUUUGACGCCAGAUAACAAUCAACCUGCUCUCUCUACUGACCAGUGCGAUCUUCAUAAAUCCAUGCUUAAGUCUCAACUGGAAUCUGAGCUUUCUGGUCAAUCUCCUCUAGAACGUGGCAAAUAUCUGCCUCCGUUCAGAAGAGAGAGAAAUAGUUUGAGAAUGGUUUCAAGUACAGUGAAAAUUCUGAGUUACAAUGUGUGGUUCGGAGAUUUGGAGAUACAUAAGAGGAUGGAGGCUCUUGGUGAACUUAUUCAAUUGCAUUCUCCUGAUGUCAUUUGUUUCCAGGAGGUUACUCUUGAUAUUUAUGACAUUUUUAAGGUAUCAAGCUGGUGGAACUCAUAUAAUUGCUCAGUUUCACAUCAAAUGGCCAGUACAAGAAGAUAUUUCUGCAUGCAGUUGAGCAAACUUCCAGUAAAAUCCUUCAGCUGCAAACCGUUCAGCAAUUCUACAAUGCUGAGAGAACUGUGCAUGGCAGAGAUUGAAGUGAGCGGGAAAUUGUUGAUUGUAGCCACAAGCCAUCUUGAGAGCCCCUGCCCUGCCCCUCCUAAAUGGGAUCAAAUGCACAGUGAGGAACGUAUAGCUCAGGCAAAGGAGGCUGUAAACCUUCUUAAGAAAUUUCCAAAUGUGGUCUUUUGUGGUGACAUGAAUUGGGAUGAAAAUUUGGAUGGAAAGUUUCCUUUAUCUGAUGGAUGGAUUGAUGCCUGGGUAGAUUUAAGGCCCGGUGAAAAUGGAUGGACAUAUGAUACUGUUUCCAAUCCAAUGUUGUCUUGUAACCGGCCUUUGCAAAAGCGGCUAGAUAGAUUUAUUUGCAAUCUGUGUGAUUUCAAAUUAAAUGCAAUUAUCAUGAUAGGAGUGGAGGCUAAACCAGGAGUGUCAUAUAAGGAGGAGAAGAAGGUAAGAUGGGUCCGAAAGUUGAUGCUUCCUGUAUUGCCUAGUGAUCAUUAUGGCUUGCUCUUAGGGGUUAAUGUUCAGUAAAUGAUUGGCUUGGCAUGAUAACACUUUUAAAAGCUAGGUGUUUAAGUGUUUCCAUUACCCCUCCAAAAAAAAGAAAGAAUGAGAUGCUAGGUGUGUCGUUACUACUGUGUUCCCCAUCCUGCAAACUCUUGUAUUAUAUUGAUGUGUACAGCUUCUGUAAUCCUGUGAUGCUCUUUAAUUGCUGUGUGAAGUUUCUGUUUUACUUCAAAAAAAAGUUUGGUUUGUAUUGUAAGGCUUAUGAUGGUUAGAAGUUUACGCUGGUGUACUGUCAUAUUGGUACGGUAAAUGAUUGUUACAGUGUGUUGAUAACACUACUGCCGCACCACUACUAGUCUAAUGCUACGUUAUGUAACUGUAGUUGCAUUUCUUUUCCUCUUUGUAUUAU